AAGUCAUCUUGGCAAGGGUUUUGCAAACACCUGCUUUGCAAGCUGUCCUCCCACACGGUGACCUUGGGAAGGCCUUGGAGAGGAGCCGGAGGAGCCAGGUUUUGUUUCUGUUUUUUGUUUUUGUUUGUUUCUGAACCACAACUUCCCAGGGCAUUAGCACUGCCUUUGUCUCUGGGCUCUUCCAGAAUCGGGAGGCAAGUGCCAGCCGGGGUUCAGGAGCAGAUGACCUUGGCCCGGUGGUUCCUCCCUCUCAUCCAACCAAGUCAGCAAGGGACCAGCCACCUCCAUCGUCAGCCCCAGAGCAGCAGUCAGGGCAAGGGAGAUGCUGAGUGGCAGCUUCUGUCCCUCUCUCAGCAGGGGGUACGGGGCAGCGUCUGUCCUGGCAGUGGGCAGGGCAAGAGAAGAUGCGCCAGGCUCAGGUCCCGGUGCUGCGGGGAGCAGGAGCAUUCCUGCCUCCCUAGGCGCCAAGCCGGGGCGGCAAGGCCGCUGCCUGAAGCCCGCAGUGAGCAUCGGAGGUUGAAAGCCUGCCCUGCCUGGUGCCUGCGGAAGCCCAGCGACAGGGAAGCCGCCACCGCGCGGCAGAGGCAGCCCCGGCCAGGCCAAGGCCAGAAGCUCUUGGGCGCCGCAGCCGCUGCCCGAAGCAGAGGCCCUCAGUGGGGAGGCAAGACGCCGCCUGCUGCAGCCCGCGGACCUGGACCUGCCCGCAGGCUGUGCCCACACGGGGGGAGCCAUUGCUCGUCCACGGCGGCCAGAGCCGGUCUGCAGGGAGACGGAGGGGGUGAGUCGGAGCAGCAGCAGAGCUACGGAAGGAAAGGAAGUGAUAGUCUGCUCACUCCGAACCUGUGAAGAAACCCUCAGACUAGCCAACGGGGAUAAAGGUAAGCUGGGGUGAAGGGAAGAGGUGGACGGGGGCCAAAAGGUUUUAAGUCACUGGAUGUUGAUUUCUAGAGGAACUCUGGUCCUUUCUGCACCUUCCAGGGUGUAAAGUUUGCAGCAGAAAACACUGCCUGCGACUGAGUUUAGAUCUGAUAAGCCCUCCUUCACAAAACCAGGCAAUUUUCCUUAAGGGAGGAUAUUUUUAAAAAAUAUUUAAGAGCAAGUGUGAGAGCACGGUGGGGUAAGGCGCAGAGAGAGAAGCAGACUCCCCACUGAGCAGGGAGCCCCAUGAGG